CUCCGAAGAAGAAAUUGGAGUUCAAGUUGUAUGUGGAGUGGGCGGCUAUGCUUCAGCGUUGACGUGCAUAGCUUUUCGAAUCAGCUGACUCUCUUCCUUGUGAGCUGACCCUUCCUGAUACUCCCUGAUACUCACCCGGAGCUCUUGAGCCACUGCCUCCCAGGGUGCCAUGGCAUCCCUGUCGUUCGCAUCCGGCGCACAGCACUCGGUUCGUGCGCUGCAGAGCUUGCCCAAGCUGAUCAACUACCAGCUGCAGGCUCACGGGCAGGCACUGCACCGCGGCGUGGGCGUCGCCCGCCGCGCACUCGGUGCCUUCUUCUUCGGAACGGAGGAGGAGGCGCAGAGGAACCGGGACCCGCUGAUGGAGACCGUGACGCAGUAUCCCGACGAAUCACUCUGGUUCAUCAAGUGAGUGGGAGGGGAAAGUAUGGUGGAUGGUGUGGAUGGUCACCGUGUGUGUGUGAUAGGGUGGUGAUGCUAUUUGGCGCGAUUAGCGGGUUUGUGAUAUCGAUUCCGUGCCUCUUUUACCUGUGGUUCUUCUGGCUGGAGGGGGCAUCGUGCAACAGACCGCUGCGGUGUGUAAAGUGAUGGAGGGAAGAAGAAAGGCCAGCACACGACAGCAUCGACAUGUGCGUCAUUGUGUGUGUGUGUGUGUGCAUGUGUGUCAGGUACUGGGUGUUGUUCAACUGUUCCCUCCAGCUGAUCCAGGUGCCAAUCCGGCUGGUGUUCUUCUCCCGGCUGCUGCACGUCGGGCGGCAAGGCGGACCCAACCACAGAAACCACAUACACCAGUGGUCAGUCAUCUCACGCACAGAGCAGCAUGCAACCGCCCAUUCUGCAUUCUCCCUGUCCACGUGUGUGUGUUCUUUCAGUUUGCGGCUGCUGACGAGUGGUCGUGCGUGGAAGUGCAGCAAGUUCCUGAGCAUUUUAAACUACGGCUGGUUCAUCCUGGGCGUCGUGUGGGUCCUCAACUCGUCACACUGCGCCGAGGCGCCAGGCCUCUGGAAACUCACCGUCGGAGUGGUCAGUAGUCGACUCAGACAGACCCAUUGAUGGAUGCCCUUUGCCACGGUGUGUCACGUUUGUGUGCCUUCUUGACUUCAGAUAGCGAUGUCAAUGGCACGUCUGCUGAUCACUCUGGUGUGUUUCUACUACUCGUUCCCACCCCGCAACCUGCCCACGGCCUCCCGCAGGCGGCGGGGCGCCACACAGGCCGCCAUCGACGCACUCCCAGUCUCCAAGUACCAUGCCUCCGCUGACGUGCCACUGCUCAGGGACCCCACGUGAGCUUCUUCCCUGGCUGAGAAGGAGAGAGAGGAACAGAUGGGAGAGGAUGUGUGGAUCCUUCCUUUGUGUGUGUCAGUUGCUCCAUCUGUUUGGCGGAGUGGGUGGAUGGUGACGAGCUGCGGUGGCUGCCCUGCAACCACUCCUUCCACAAGAAAUGUGUCGACAAGUGGCUGUAAGCUGACAUCCAUCCAUCCAUCCACAACACGGCACAACAAGGGCGAGACAGCGAUUUCGUGUGUGUGUGUGUGUGUGCGCGCAGGAAGCGUAGUUCCGCGUGUCCUCUGUGCCUGCGGUGUGUGGAGGGGCGGGAUGGACACGGACAGACCAUCGGUAAGGGAGAGGAAUGGUCACAUCGACCCACACACCCACUUUUCCUGUCUCCUCGUGCCGUUUCUCUGUGUCCGCAGCUCCCAUUGGAUGAGCUACUGGCCGCUACUCUUGCGCCCACGGUUUCCCACGAUUGAUGGAGCCACCCCACCCGCCGAUCCCACACACCUACUUCCCUGCCCUGCCUGCCUUCUUUCUUG